CCCGCUCCCUGGCUGCCCUCGCAGGCGUGAGGCGGCGCGGAGGGAGCGUGCGGUGCUGUGCGGGCAGCCCCUGGCCGGAGUCCAGCCGAGCCCCCGCACCAUGCCGGCCGCCGCGCCGCCCCCGCUCCACUCCGCGGCGGGCGCCUGCUGCCACUGCCAGGGACGCCAAGGCUUGUUGGACCAUUCGCCACGCAACACAGGCUCAAAAGUAAAAGAGAGGAAACUGCAUGGGACUUGUCCUCCUGUUGGCCGUGGAAACUAUGAAAAACCAUGUUUGAGUGAAAGCAGCCACAGGUCCUCAUUUUUCAGUCCCCACAAUGGUUUUCACACAAUACAUUCAGAGCACAGUCCUGUGAAGCCAAGGAUAAUUACAGUGGUGAAACCUGGGGGACGCACGCUCAGGAGGAUAACCUUGCUUCUCAACAGGAGAUCAGUCCAGACCUUUGAGCAGCUGAUGGCUGACAUUUCAGAAGCUCUGGGAUUUCCUCGUUGGAAGAAUGACCGUGUGAGAAAGCUGUACAAUCUGAGAGGCAGAGAAAUCCGAAGUGUUUCUGAGUUCUUCCGGGAAGGUGAUGCGUUCAUAGCUAUGGGAAAGGAGCCCCUCACUUUGAAGGACCUGGAGGUGGUAUUACAGGAACUUUAUCCUGAAAAUCCUUAUGCUGCCAGUGCUGCCAUUCAGACAAAUGAGGAGCAGUCCCAAAAACUGAAGGGCAGGCUGUAUGACAAAGCCUCGAAAGUAGACAGUGGCUUUGAUGAGACAGAAAUGACCAAGAACUGCAGUGAUGGCUUGUCUUCCCAGCUGUUAGCUGGACAUGAAGGAAAAAGCCAAGCCAAGACAAAGCAAGAGGAAAAAGUGAGAACCAAAAAAAAGUGGACUAGAGAGAGCUGGGGUGGUGAGCAUGGAGUAAAGCCUUCUAGAAAAACACAAGAAAGUGAAAGGUACCUUAACCAUGAGAGGAGUUCUGAGGAAGGCCUAGAAGAGAGUUCUGAGGAGGUGCUGAGGUGUGAGAAAUGCGAACAGGAAAGGCAGGCCAGAGAAAAGUUACGGAGGGAAAGGCAGGCUGAGGCCUCGUUUGAGAACAGAGACUUGAACACAGGCAUGUGUCAGAGGUACCAUGUAGAAAGAAACACAAAAGCCAGGAGCUGCCGAAAGUCCCCUGAAACCUGUCUGGAGGGUGAGGAAGUUGACUGGAAAGAUAAUGGUGGUAGGAGGAUGUGGAAGCCACUACAUAGGGUUGUUAAUGAAGGGCUGGAGAAGCAAAAAAGGAACAUUGAGAAAGAAAGGGAUAUGGAGAAGCAUGAAAACCAUGGGAAGGAAGUAGUAAAAAUCAGGAAGAAUGCUGUAGAAGGGCUCCAGCUGUCUCAUGAAGUGAAGGAAGAUAAUGGAAGUAGCUGUGUAAUGAACCAAAGUGGCUGGCUAAAGAAAGACACUCUAAGGGAUGCUGAGAAAAUAUCUAAAACACAUAGAGAGGGCAGAGAGGGACAAAGGGCUAAAGAGGAAGCUGCCAGAAGAGAAGGGAAUGGCACAUGUAGAGAGAGUGACAUGACUCGACGAGAAAAAACAGGGGAGCGCCGAGUGAGUAAAGAAGACAACAAAACUCAGGGAUUGGGAAGCACAAGCCGGAGGCAUGCCAUUAAAAGCAGAACUGAUGUGGAAAAACACUAUGAGAUUGGCAGAACUAUUGGGGAUGGGAACUUUGCAGUGGUGAAGGAAUGUCGCCACUGUGAUUCCAAUCAGAUCUAUGCAAUGAAAAUUGUUGAUAAAUCCAAGCUGAAGGGGAAGGAGGACAUGAUGGAAAGUGAAAUCCUCAUUAUUCGGAGUCUCUCUCAUCCCAAUAUAGUAAGCUUAAUUGAGGUGUAUGAGACAGAAGCUGAGAUCUACUUAAUCUUAGAGUAUGUCCCAGGAGGGGACUUAUUUGAUGCAAUCAUAGAAAGUGUGAAGUUCACAGAGCAUGAUGCUGCUGUCAUGAUCACUGACCUGUGUGAAGCACUGGUUUAUAUUCACAGCAAGAACAUUGUCCACAGGGACCUCAAACCAGAGAAUCUCUUGGUUCAGCACAAUGCAGAUAAAACUACUACACUGAAACUGGCAGAUUUCGGCCUUGCUAAGCAGGUUACAAAACCCAUAUUUACUGUCUGUGGAACACCAACGUAUGUUGCUCCUGAAAUACUUGCUGAGAAGGGCUAUGGCCUCGAAGUAGACAUGUGGGCAGCUGGUGUGAUCCUUUACAUCCUGCUCUGUGGUUUUCCCCCUUUCCGCAGUCAGGACCGUGAUCAAGAGGAGCUGUUUCAGAUCAUACAGCUGGGUCACUACGAGUUCCUGUCCCCUUACUGGGACAAUAUUUCUGCAGCAGCAAAAGACCUCAUCACCAGGCUGUUGAUAGUGGAUCCCCAGAAGCGCUACACAGCACGUCAAGUACUUCAGCACCCCUGGAUCAGAACAGCUGGGAAAACUAACAGCAGGAAUUUGCAGAGGGAAGUGACAAUAAACAUCGAGCGCCAUUUCCGGGCCCAGCGCCGAAAGGAAGUUGUUGAUGAGAAUACAUGAAAUCUUUCAAGCUCAUUUUGUCUUCUUUUUAUUGAUUAACAAAUCAUUUAUGUUUUCUUUUCUAAAUGAAUUGGGAAUUUAAUGUGUAGCUGUUGGUGGCUAUUGCCAUACCUUUUUUUUUUGAUUCUGAGAUUCUGAAGGACAGAGAUCAAAUUCACCUCCUCUGAUGUUAAUUGGCAGUCUCGCUGUUGGAAGCAGUGGGGACUAGAUAAAUUUGGGCUUUUACAUCUUUUACACAUGUUUGCAUCUGUGACUCACACUAGUGGUGACUCUUCUCUCAUCCUUUUUGUAUGAUAUCCUCCAGGAUUUUCGUGUUUGUAAUGUUUUCGAAAUAGCUGUCUGCAUACACGUGUUGCACUAAUUCUUUAAACAAUCUUUUCACUAAUUCCUUCUAGCCACAGAGAAGGAAGAAUAAAAAGUAAAAAUAUUCUUUAGUGUAGGAUGUAUUAAAUAAACAGCCAGAUACUGCAUUUAUUAGGUUGUGAGGGAAUACAAACCUUUAUUGACUAAAUCUUAUGUUUUAUGUUAUCUCCCUUGGCAAUGUCUUUCAUUGAUUUUUCAGGGUAAUAGAUGGUUCAGUGUUCCUGGUACAAGAAAGUGGUGCUGUGUACUAUGUAGGUCUCAUUUGUUUUCAGAAGGUGGAAGAUAUGGUGGAAGAUAUAAUACCUUUUCAAGGUUCAAAUAAUAACAAGUUUCAAAUAGGUUUUCUUUCUACUCUGGGCAAUAGGAAGUUAAGCAGUUCUAAGGGCACUUUGCUUUUUCUCCCAAAAUCAUAAUUAUGGAGUGGUGACUCAGUAAUUUUUCCUUAUUGAGUUUUUUCCCUCUUGGAGACAUCCAUGUGCAUCUGUGACUUUUCCAUGCUGAUGGAGAAGAAAAAGCUGGGAAAUUGUGACUAAAGUUAACCCUUGCCUUCACAGUUUUCCUUUUAUCAACACACCUUUUCACUGUAGUUUAGAAUUGUUUUGUUUGUUUGGUUGGAUUUUUCCAUCUCUUGCCCUCACUGUGACCUUUUUCUCCUUGCUUCCAUGAGAAUAGGCAAUGGGAUGAAAUUAACUGAAAAUCCAACCUGAGGAAAAACAACUUGUUGGCUGUGGAAAGGUCUCCUGGGGGAAGCAUCAGAUGCUCUAUUGCAUGUGGUUUUUAAUAUUUUUAUUGGAUGCAGUUUUAAAGAAAUCCUGUGGGGGGAAAAUUACAGCCCAGAGAGGGGCCAUAACCUAGACCAGCUUUUGAAUCUCAGAACUUUUGAUUAAGUAAAUUAAAAAAACACUUGGGUUUUCCAUUUUAUAAUUCUUUGUCCUCAAGUUCCAUGUGCUAGCAAAUAAUAUUGAUGUUAAAAUAUCAGUUGUGUUUGCACUGAAUACACAGCCUGUAGAAAUGAAGAAGGGUGUUUUACACUUGGAGAGCUGCUGCUCUGCCUGUGUAUUUCAUAGUGAGAAAUGUCAGAAGCAUUUCAGAAUCAGUAAAACAUUUUCACAACUAUGUGAACCAGAAUAUUAUUUUUUGGUGAGUGCUAAUAUUUUGUGUGAACUUGCUGAAUAACCAAAAAGUGUAGGGUGCUGUCAUCAUGUUUCUGUUUCAUCGUGUGACUGUUUUUCUGCAAGAAUUAUGUAUAAAAGUAGAGAUCAUUUGACUCUUAAAGGAGAAUUGCACUUUAAAUUGAAUUAGCUUAUUUCUAAUACUUACUGGAAUAAGACUUGCUGUGGAGUUCAAGACUUGGUGAAACAAACCAGUCAAAUCUCUGCUGUAUGCCCAAGUAGUAGCUAUAUAAUAUGUCAUACUUCUGCUUUGGAGUCUCUGAGUCAGGAAGACUUUUUCUUUUCCUGAAAACAAGAAUGGAUUUAAGUGUUUCCCUGAGUUAAGGGAACCUAAUGUAACCUAAUGUUAUAAAAGCAUUGCAUCGUAUUUGAGUACUAGUAAUAAUGUAUCAUCUGUUAAUUUAAUCUAUUUUGGAUAGGAAACUGUGGAAAAAGAGCUUCUGAUGUGCAAUACUAUAUUUUGUAAUUAUCUUAUUUUUAAAAUAGUUGUUUAGGAGUAAAGUCUGAAGUGACAAAAAUAUUUAAUCAACAAUGAAUAUGAAAGUUUGGAGAUUGUGUUACAAGUUGCCUUUUUCAUCUUUAAGAACCUGUCUGCAGCCUUAUUCAUAGUGCAGAAGAUGGAGAAUUUGCUUGUAAUGAUUAUAAAAGUAAUUUUUUUUCAAUAAUUUUGUUUUUCUUUCAUGUUCUUUGUGUUCCAGACAGGCUAAACAUGGACUGUGCCAGGUGGUCACUGCAUGGCACCUGUAAGUACAGAUGCUGCUGUGGCAGUGCUGUGGCACAGGUUUGUCAGUGUUGCUAGUAGAUGUGUGGCAUUAGGCCCUCCUCCUUCAGGUUGGAGGCUGAAAAAGCUUCCAGGUGCUUCUCAGGGUUUUUACUUCUUUCUUUCUUCCUCUCCUACUUCAUUAUUCCUUCUUUUCUCUUGUUGCUUCCAGUGUUCUUGCUCUAUCUCUGUGCUGUCCAAGGGAGUCCAGGUCCCCAGACAUUAUGGUUUAAUUUACUUAUAGCAAUGAAAACCCAUAUGAUUUUGGAGAGCUCAGCCUCAAGCUUUGCUUGCAGAUGUUGAAAGUAAUAUUAAGCAGGACUAAGACAAAAAGAGGUGAAAAUCCCCUCUCAUCUCCUACUGCCAUUUCUCAGGCUUUUCUUUUCCCUCUGUGUGACAUUCCAAUGCAGACCUGAUCUUCAUGCUCUGUAAGAGGGUUUGUAAUAUAUGAACCAUGUUCACACUCCGUGAUUGAGGAUUAUCACUGUUCUUCCUUUCCUGAAGUUUUUCUAAUGUAUUUUGUCUCCUUGUGUCCUGGAGUCAUCUUCCCCUUAAUAGUUUUAUUUCUUGAUUUGUUCCUUUCUCUACAGUAUGUCUGAGGAAGCUCAAAGCUGGGGGAGAUUGUAGACUCAGAGCAAAUUCCUGCUGAUUUGUUCAGAAAAAGAAAUAUCCCUUCUUGCACUUCCUUAAGUCUUUGUGGGUUAGAUUCUCGUAUGGCUUUAUAUUCCACUGAAAAUAAAACAAGUGGAACAAGUGUCCUCAUCCCUUUAAAUACUGACAGUGAAGAGAGUCUGAAUAUAUCACCAAGAAAAACAACCAAGAGCUAAGUGCAAAAUAUUAAUUAAUAUUGCAGACCUCAACAGGAAAGUUCCACUUCCGAUUUGCUGGGUCUAAGGCAAUAGAAGGCAAGAACCUCUUUGCUGUAAGCUUUAGCAAAUCAGCUGAGUAGGAAUCCUUUCAUGCCUCUUAAAAGGUGGUGUUUGAUUCCUAACUCAUAAUGCAGAUCCUGAUUAAGUUCUAGUUAUUCCAGGAUUAUUUUUGUACUAUCUGGUAUUGACUAUUCAAAAAAUAUUCUCCUUUUAGAAACCAGUGGCUCUCCAUCAUCUUUAACCAUUGACUUGGCUCUUCUUUAGUUGGUUGCAGCUUUUAAGCCUGAUUGCAUAUUUUCAUGCCCUAACUGUAAUAUUUCUCAGACUUGAAGCAAGCAAAAACAUCCAGGCAUGUAGAAUUGAAUCAAUGUUUCAUUUGGUAGUAAAACACAUGCCUAAGAGAAAGAGCUGGUGAAAUCUUCACAUGCUAAUAAUGUUACUAAUGGUGAAAUCUUCACAUGUUAAUAUGUUUUUCUUCAGGAAAUUCUGGCCUUAGAAAUGGGAAUGAGCAAAAAUUUUGAAAGUAUUUAGGCAUGUGAAACUGAGAAAAAGACUGGUGCUUCACACUGCAUGGUGCAUAACUGCCUGAAAAUUAACAAUGGGAAUUUGGUCAUUGCUCUUAUAUUUGGUCUCCUAAUAUUUUCAAAUGUGUGCCCAGGAGACCUGUGAUUGAAGCUUGUCAUGACAGCAGAGACUGUUUCCUCUGAAACACAGAUUUUUAUUCAGGGACCUUCUUAAUCUAAGAUUGUUCAGCAGCCAUGUGGAAUAGCUGGACUCAAACACCAUCAAAUUGGCCACCUUGCUUCUGACUGGAAUUAUUGGUGGAUUUCCUGUAUCUCUGUUACUGCAGUUUUUGGCUAUAGGGUGAUGGAGGGAUAGUGGGAUGUUAUCCCCUGAGCUUAGGCUCUUGGGGUUUGUUCCUCUUGUUAAAGUGAACUUUGAGGAGUCGACUGCUUGCUUUUUGGCAAGUACCCAGAUUUGGGGAAGUAUUCAGUCUGCUUGAAAUUAUAGUAAAUUUGCUGUGCUUAUAAAGUGAUCUUCCCAAAGACACAUAAGUUUCACUCUUAACUAUUUUUCCUAUAAUUUCUUCUAUCGCCUGGAUUUCUUUUAAUUUAAGCAAUGUAAAGCAAAUGCUUUUUAUGUUUCUGGGCAUGCAUUUUUCUGUCUUUCCUAAGUCCACGAGUAAUAUUUCACUGUUGACAUUCUUGUUCCUGAAAGGAAUUAUGGGCACUUUAACUGGGCUGACAGUGUAUAUUGGCACUGUUUGUUCUUCAAUAUGGUUUAUUUGUAACUUGGCUGAAGGUGUAAUUUUCUAAAUUAAAAUACAUUGUAGACUUCAGCAGAAAAGUUGUUAUUCCUUCACCUGUACCUCCAAUAAAGGUAAAUUAUACAGUAAAUGUUAUGUUUCAGUUCUUUCCAAUAAAUUGGGAAACAAAUGUG